UAGUGAUAGGAGUUGCCACAAUCGGGAAGUCCUGAUCAGUAUAAAGGUCUUGUUGCUGUUUACUUGCUGUGUUGGUCGCAGAGCGUUGCCUAGUGAGCUCGCAGCAGACUCAACCUCUUGUCAUUGCCCCUUUUGCCCUGUUCCCUGGCCUAUUCUCCGCCCUCGAUCUCCCCGGCUCCGCACCACGAUUUAGACUUGGACUCCCCACCGCUUCCCCGCUCAUCCGAGAUUCACUUUUCCAAUCUGGAGCUGGAGUCAGGAGCAGCAGUCGGAUUAUCCCCGCAGCACAGUGCGGGCUGAGGUGAAGAAGAAACCAGAAUAUAUUGAAAGUCAGCGUAGCUUGCAACAUUGAGGAAACCUGCUGAUGGUGCUUCCAUAUGUCUGCGGUCCUAGUUCAAGGAGUUCCAGCAGCCCCGGUUCGAUCCUGACCUGCGGUGGAGUUUCACGUUCUUCCUGUGACUGUGCGGGCCUCCUCUGGAUCCUCCGGUUUCUUCCCGCAUCUCAAAGACGUGCCGAUUGGUUGGUUAAUUCGCCACUGUGAAUUACCACUAGUGUGCUGGUGUGGCUUUGCACGUAAUGAAUCAUGGAAAUCAGUGUGCCAAAUCUGCCUUGUGGGACCUAUCUGGAAACAUGGGAACAAGGAUGUGAAGUGAUGAAUUUAGGUGGCAAUGAAAAUCCCUUUGAAGGAAAGGAUGGUCUGAAAGACAAUCAGGUUGCUUGGAAGCACAAUGCUGAGGUACAGAAAAGUCCAAUUCAAACAGAAAACCAGGAAAGUCAGCACAAUGAGAAAAUGGUGAACUCUCAGUCAUUACCCAUCUUUAAGUAUUCUUUCAGCCCAGAUCAGGAGGUUUCCCAAAGUCCUUGCUUUCAGUUUGACAGGUUGGCUCCUGCCAGGGUCUCCUUGUCUCCGUCUCUUCGGAAAAUGAGAAGAAAGAUGCUGAUGCAUCAGCCGUUGCAGGAAUUCUGGGAGGCAGGGAGGUCACUCAAAGACAUUGUAGAUCCGCCACUGUCUGAUAGCUCACGGAGUCCAAGUCCUGCUGCUCAGUCCUCAAAUGCCCAGAUAUCAUCGUGCAAGGAGACUCUCGGACUGCCGCAACAACCCCAAGACCGUGUGCAAAGUGUCAAAGGCCUUUUAACUGCAAACCAGCAAAACAUUGACUGUGUGCUGAGCACCCCUCAGACUGCCAUGAGCGUUCCUCUGUGGGUACGACGAAGAGGUGACUGCCAGUUGGCUAUGCUGGAUGAUCUUCAGCAGACAACCCAGGACUCAAAGCCUGAAAGGUACUGGUCCAGUCGUCGAGGCAGCUCGGUGGUUGUUAGUUUACCUGAACUUGAGCUAUUUCCAGGGGAUUUAUUAAUCUCUAAUGACGCAGACCAUCUUUAUCGUACAGCAUCAACACCCACUCUCAGUAUAGAAUCAAAGAAGUUGAAAUGGCCCUUCACAAAACGAGGAAUGAGUAAAGUGAAGCAAAAGCCAAUAUCUGAUCUAGAAAACCUUCUGGCAACAUUGGAGAUCACAGACCGUGUGGAUCAUGGCUUACAACAGUUCAAGGAUGAGCGCUGGCCACACAUACUGAAGAAUCAGAACUUUCACCCAGAGACCCAGCAGAAGGAUAAGAAGCUACAGGAGGCCAUGUGGGAGAUCUUCACCACAGAAUGUACCUACUUCAGGGAUCAGUUGCUGGUGAUGGAGGAGGUUUUCCUGAACACUUUGAAAUAUCUGCAGACCAGAGGGUGGCUUCUGGAUGUUGACCGUUGGAGACUGUUUGCAAACCUCAAUGAAUUGUCCAAGGUGAGUUUGGACUUCUUGACCAGUCUUCUGGGUGCAAUUCAGAGCUCUUGGGAUCUAUCAUCUCUCAUUGCAGUGUUGUCAAAGUUUCAGGACUGUCUGUGCUGCAGUCACCAGAAGUAUUGCCUGAACUAUUCUUCGGCUAACCUCUACCUCAAUAAUCUGAAGAAAAGGGAGGACUUCGGAAUCUUUCUUAAAUGGUGCGAACAGAACGAGCAAUGCAAGCGCCUGCACCUCUCUGACCUGCUGGUGUCGCCGCUGCAGAGGCUGACGAGGUACCCCCUGCUCCUGAGGAGCGUUUGGAACAGAAGCACUGAUGCAGCAGCAAAGCAGGAGGUGGAAGCCAUCAUCAGACGGGUGGACAAUUCUAUCUGUGAUCUUGAGGGGAAAGUGAAAUGGCUGGAAAGGAUUCAGAAAUUUCAACAGCUCCAAGAGAUUAUUGUUUGGCCUCCAGUCUGGGAAAGAAACAAGAAAGCCUUUGUACCUGAGAGUCUUCGCUAUCUGUUCAAAGACAACAGUUUAGAAUGUCUUCUCUCACCUGCAAACAGACAGCUUUUAUACGAAGGAAGAUUAACCCUUGCAGGAGCUACAAAAUUCCUGGAUGUACAUUUGUUUCUUUUUGAUGAUUUACUCUUAAUCACAAAGAUUAAAAAUGCAAAGAAGCAGAGAGCCGCAGCCCUAGACACUGGGUUCAGAAGCUCCUCAGCCAGUCCUGAACUGCAAGCCAUGGUGAGGGAUGGAGCUGUGUGCUGUAUACUUGAACAACCCAUUCCACUGGACAGAUUAAUGCUGAAGAACAUCGAUCCAUUCCACUCAGCUGGGUGUGGACUGCGUGACACUUUUCUAAUGAUACAUCAGAACAGAUAUCAGCAGUGCAUAGGAAUCUUCACACUUCAAGCACACUCUGACUCUGUUAAGAAAACAUGGAUGUCACAUAUCGAGGCAGCAUCAAUCGCAUACAGGGACAUUAUCGACCCUCCUCGGCCCCCACUGAGAUCAGCUGUGAACGAAUCGUCAGAAAUUUAACUCCUGCUAAAACUAGGCCAGCCACAAACUCUACCCACUUUCCCAGGUCUGUUCAGUGCAUUUUGGGGAAAAAAAA